AUGAGUGGGCGAAUCAACACUAGCCUGGUCACGCUGAAAAAGCUGAAGGAGAAAUACAACAACAUUCACCUAAUCAGUUUCAAUCUGGACAAUUACAUGGCCAAAUCUCCGCUCAAGUAUUGGUACCAUCGCAACGGCUGGAGGGACGGCCCUUUUCACGUGUCUCAUCUCAGCGACGGACUUCGAUUCUUGACGCUGCACAAGUACGGCGUAUACUUUUUCGAUCUGGACGUGAUAUCCGUCCGCCCAGUCACCGACUUGCGCAAUUUUGUAGCCGCCGAAUCGAACGACUAUCUCGGCAGCGGGGUCCUCCAUGCGGAUUCCAAGAAUCCCGGGAAUUGGCCGUUAAAGAUUUUGCCGCCAAUUACCGGCAAGUUGAACAUUGACAUUAUUUUUCCUCCAAAAUAUUCGAAUUCGAAUUUUUGGCACAGGUCCGACGAUCUCCUGGAGAUGGACUAUGUCAGUUGUCACGGGUUCAACGUUCUUCACUACUCGUCGUUUUGCCCCGUCGACUAUUCGGUUGCGAAGAAAGAAUUUUUCAUCCAUCGACCGGCCAACCAAAGUGUACCUGCUUGGCUCACCGACCAGGUGGUUGGCGUUCACACCUGGAACAAGUUGACGUACAACAAACCCAUUUACAAGAAUUCGACCCAUCGUUACACUUUGCUGGCCCGAAAUCAUUGCCCGUCUAUUUUCGCUAUUGCUCCCGAAAUCUUUUAA